AUGUCAAUAUUCUCCCGUUGUUUCUGCAAACCCAAAUUGAAAGUUGAACCAGAAGUAGAGAUGACUCCUGUUCAAGAACCAGUGCCAGAAGUGUUUCAGCUGAUGGGUCUUCCAGAAGAAGUGAUUUCAAAUGUGUUCGAAAUGCUGAGUCCGUUUGAAUUAAUCGCGUUUUCUUUCUGCUCGAGAAAAACCAAAAACAUUGCAAAAUCGAUGCGAAGCCAUCCGAAAUUCAAGAAAGACUGCAAACCAUUCAAAAUGAGUAUUGGACCAAUCUAUCAGAGAAUCAUAAUGGAGUUUAAAGAACAUCCGAACUUAUACUGGCAGUUUAUGAAAAAUCGACAGAUUACCGAUAAUACUGCGGAUCAGAAAACUUUUGUUUUGGACAAUAUUCAAAUUCCUGUUUGGUCGUAUAGAAAAUAUGAAAGACGACUUUUUGAAAACAAGAAACAAAGAUACGAUGGCAUCCUUGCAAACUUUUGCACCCUUCACUUGCUAUCUGACAACUCGAUUCCUGAGCUCACAAAGUUUUAUGAGCAUCUCAGUGAAGUGUUCAAUCAGCCGAGACAGCUAAUGAGCUUUGAUUUGGAAUUUUUCGAUAUUGCAAACACGAUCAGAUUCUAUCAGAAGGCAGAGCAGCAACCGUUACAAUAUCUGGCUCUCUCGUGCUCAAAGAGAUCCAGUGAAACAUUUAUUCGUUGGGCAUUUGACAGAGUGAGAGUGACCAAAGGAAUAUUCAUUCGUUGUGAAUUGAGUCCAAAAUUCUUUUACGAUUUGGAAAGAUUUGAUGUGGAAGAGUUUAUUGAAAUCUACUGGUCGUAUUGGGUCAAAUUGGAAUAUGUUCUUAACCUGAGUUGUGAAAAGAUAGCAUUGUUCAAAUCGAGUUUAUGUUCUUCUGAUCUACAAGAACUGGUGUUGAAGUGGAGAGGAGGAUGGUCUCCGGAUUGGAUCGAGAUUCUGAUAGAGUUGAAAGAAAUCCCCAAUAUUGAGGAGUGUGUAGAAGGGCCAUAUGUGACGAUCAAAGAUCGACGAGACAGGAAUUUGGUUGACAAAAAUUCUGAUAUUCAAUUAUUCCAAUUCAAUGAAAGCAUGGCUACGAGAGAGUAUAGUUUCACUUUCGCCGGAUACCAUAUUGUUCGAUUCGAUGGAGAAAUUGCGACUUUUAAUAUUGUUAACAGCAAUAUUGCAAUAUUCACGAUUCAACAGGAUGAUGGAAAGGAUUUCAAAUUUGAUCUUAAUCAUCGCUUGUAUUUGCCUCGUAGUACUUGGGAGUGA